AUGCCGUUUGACUUUGUCAGAACAAACCGAUUCGCAAAGCCCCCCUUCACCCUGGGAGAUCUGCGCCGAGCCAUCCCCCCCCACUGUUUCCAGCGCUCCCUCCUGCGCUCCUCCGCCUACCUCCUUAUCGAUCUCGCCUUCGCCGCCUUAUUCCUCUACGCCACCACGCGCUUCGACGACAUCCACCAACUCGUAGAUCCGGCCGUUGAAUCGCGCCUCCCGGCGCAUCUCCAGCCGUACGUUCGGCCGGCGGUGUCGGUGAUCCUGUGGGGGCUGUACACGUGGCUGCAGGGGUGCGUGUGCACGGGCCUGUGGGUGAUCGCGCACGAGUGCGGCCAUGGCGCGUUUUCGGACUACGCGUUUGUGAAUGACACGGUCGGCAUGGUGGUGCACUCCUGGCUGCUCGUGCCUUACUUCUCCUGGAAAUACAGCCAUCGCCGUCACCACAGCAACACGGGCAGCCUGGAGAAUGACGAGGUACGUGUUUGUGCCGGCGCGAAGCGGGCAGUCUCAGAGUACCUGCAGCACCCCUUUGGGCGCGUGCUCUCCAUCUUCAUCACGCUGACUCCCUCUUGCCCCCAUUCCCUCUCCCCACGCCAGGUGUAUGUGCCUGCACGUAGGGAGCAGCUGGGGCCAGUGUCGGAGUACCUGCAGCACCCCUUUGGGCGCGUGCUCUCCAUCCUCGUGUUUGUGCCGGCGCGAAGGGAGCAGCUGGGGCCAGUGUCGGAGUACCUGCAGCACCCCUUUGGGCGCGAGCGUGUGAGCGUGCCUGUUCCAACACUUUUCUGUUAUCUAACCUUCACGCCCACGCCAGGUGUUUGUGCCGGCGAGAAGGGAGCAGUUGGGGCCAGUGUUUGUGCCAGCGAGAAGGGAGCAGCUGGGGCCAGUGUGUUUGUGCCGGCGAGAAGGGAGCAGCUGGGGCCAGUGUCAGAGUACCUGCAGCACCCUUUUGGGCGCGUGCUCUCCAUCUUCAUCACGCUCACCCUUGGCUGGCCGCUCUAUCUCGCCUUCAACGUGUCGGGCCACGAGUACAAGGGCGUGCAUGCCAACCACUUCAGCCCCUACUCGGGGAUUUUCUGCGAUCGGGAGCGGUUCUGGGUGGUUGUGAGCGAUCUGGGGCUGUUGGGAGUGCUCGGGUGCCUGUACUCCCUCGGCUCGGCCUAUGGCCUCGCAUGGGUGCUUAAGGUGUAUGUUUGCCCUCUCCUCAUAGUGAACAUGUUCCUGGUGCUCAUCACGCUGCUGCAGCACACGCACCCCGCCCUGCCACACUUCGACUCGACCGAGUGGGAGUGGCUGCGAGGGGCGCUCGCCACUGUCGACCGCGACUACGGCUACCUCAACAUCGUGCACCAUCACAUCGCGGACACCCACGUGGCGCAUCACAUAUUCUCCACCAUGCCGCACUACCAUGCGGAGGAGGCCACCCGAGCCAUCAAGCCAAUCCUAAAGGAUUACUACCAGUUUGACGGCACUCCCAUCGUGAAAGCCCUCUGGCGGGAGGUGUCACAGUGCGUCUGUGUGAGUACCUACCAACCCUUCUGA